AUGGCAGCAAGGAAAACACAACAAGAGAUCGAUAAAACCUUCAAAAAGGUAGCUGAAGGGAUUCAGGCCUUCGAGGGCAUCUAUGAGAAGAUCCGCCAAGCCACAAAUCCCACGCAACGGGAUAAGCUCGAAGACCAUCUCAAGCGCGAGAUCAAGAAGCUCCAAAGGUUCCGCGAUCAGAUCAAAUCAUGGGCUGCUGGAAAUGAGGUUAAGGACAAAGCCCCGCUUAUUGAGCAGCGAAAAGCCAUUGAAGUGUGCAUGGAACAAUUCAAGGCUGUUGAAAAGGAGAUGAAGACGAAAGCCUACUCAAAAGAAGGUCUAUCGGCAGCUUCGCGACUCGAUCCCAAGGAGAAGGAAAGAGUGGAGUGCUCCGAGUUCCUGUCCAAUAUGGUUGAUGAGCUUCAAUUGAAGAUCGAGGCCUUGGAGGCGGAAGAGGAAACACUUCACGCACAAAUGAAGAAGGGGAAAAAGGAUACGAAGAAGGCGGAUCGAAUGGGCGAUAUCUCCCACACUACGGAACGACAUAAGUGGCACGUGAACAAGCUGGAGUUUCUCAAUCGUUCGUUACAAAACGGCAAUCUCGAUGUGACCGCUGUUCAAGAUCUGAAGGAAAGUAUCAAGUACUACGUCGAGGAAGGGGGCACCCCCGACUACUCCGGUGAAGAUGAGACGCUCUAUGACGAUUUGAAUAUCGGAGAGGAGGUUGAGGCGGUAUUCGGCAUGGGCGGUGAGGGUGAUCGUGUAUCGUCGCAAGAUGCCCAAUCCGUGCAAGAUGAAGAGCCAGAACCUAAACCAAAGGCCAAACCGGAGGCGCCUGCUCCUCGAAGACCAUCCACACAGAUGAAAUCACCGCUUCCUGUUCUUGCUACCCUCCACCCUGCAGCCUCCUCCAGUGCCACCCCGGGCAUGAAGCCCGCUCCACUACCAACCCGUCCCCCCGGGGAGACUCUCAAGUAUGCCUCCGCCGCGGCUGCAGCUGCAGCAAGCGACAAGAGUGGUGUUGGCAUUCUUCCUCUUCCCCCACCACCCGGGCUCAGCCCGGCUCUCUCCGUGGCGAUGCCCACCACCAAGUCUUCCACUGCUUCGCCUAGCGUAGCGCCAGCACAGCCCGUCCCUAAGUCAAUAAUACCACCCACUGCGACCGCCUUUUCAGAAGAUCUCAGUGGAAUUGGGCGAUCCAAGAUCCCUGGUGGUGCAAGCUCAUCCCCAGCACCAGCACCAGCAUCAGCGAAGGUGGAGGCAUCAACAAAUGGCAAAACAGAGACGGAAAGUAUUGAAGGUCUGCAAGAUCUGCUCCAAUCAUUCGAGGUGACGAAGACGCGUGCUUCGGCGAACCCAUCGCCGUCUGUUCAGCGUCUUCUCGCUACAUCGUUGACAACAUGCCCGGAAGCCAGUGAUGCUGAAAAGCCGCGUCACUACAAGCCGCAGAACCCCUACAGCACCCCGCUCUACUACCCACAGGAACCCCUUUCAAUAUUUGAUGACCCUCGGUUGUACGAUACCGGCAGAAUUGACACGGACACCCUCUUUUACCUCUUCUACUACCGUCAAGGAACCUACCAGCAGUACCUCGCAGCCAAAGCACUCCGGAACCAAAGCUGGCGCUUCCACAAGCAGUACCAAACCUGGUUCCAGCGUCACGAGGAGCCCAAGAACAUCACCGAGGAGUUCGAACAAGGCACCUAUCGCUUCUUUGACUACGAGAGCACAUGGAUGAAUCGGCGAAAGGCUGAUUUCAAGUUCGUGUACAAAUACCUUGAGGACGAAUUAUAA